AUGUUGCCCAAUACCAAGCUACACGAGCAAUCGCUGCAGAGCUCCGCGCUCGAGCUCAAAUACGCCAAUAGCUCACAUCUAGUCGACAUCAUAGCCAAGGACGAAGACAUCCGCCUCCUUCGCUUCGACAUACAUAUCCUACAGGACGACAAUGACGAGCUGAGAGACUUACUUGCGCAAGAGGAGGAUCGGUCUGGGAAGUUUGAGAAACUCGUCAAUGAGAAUCUGGCGCGGGCAGAGGACGCAGAGGCGCGCCUGGCGGACAUCGAGGUUGACUUGAGGGCGAGAGAGCAAGAGGUCGGCACAUUGCAGGCUGAGGCGAAGGCAUUGCAAACAUCUGCUGCCGACUCCGAGGCUUUCUUGAUCGAGAAGCUGGCGUUGACGCGCGAGCUGUCUGUUUUGCGACCCGAACUCGAACACAUGAAAGCCCAAGCCGCAUCCACGGAGGCACUCAUGACUGAGAAGUUGGAGCUGCAGCGUCAGUUAAGCAACAUUCAAUGUGAGCUGGAGAACGCAAAACGUGACUGCAAGCGGGCGUUGGCCAAGCGACGAAAUACUGGAGUCGAAAUCGCACAGGAAGAGCAGGUAGAAGACUUGAAGCGACAACUGGCCAAAGAGAAGCGAGCUCGUCAACGUGCCGAGGAAGCCGCCGACACCACGCAAAUGGACGUUAACAUCGACGAUGUGCGCAAGGAGUUGGCGCGUGAAAAGCGCGCAAGACAGAAGGCCGAAGAAGAGCUUGAGGCUGCUCAAGAGAACACGCAAGUGGAGGAUGUCAGGAAAGAUCUUCUUAAGGAGAAGAAGGCCAAAGGAAAGCUCGAGGAGGCUCUCGAGAAUCUGAAGGAAGAAUUGGAGAAAGAGAAGAAGGUAGCCGCACGAGCAGCUAAGCGUGCUGACGGGGUCGCUGGUGUGGAUGAUCAGCUCGAGGAGUUGAAGCAAGAGCUGGCGCAGGAGAAGAAGGAGCGACAAAAAGCAGAGAGGGCUGUGCAGAAGGCCGCAGACGAGUUCGAGGCUCAGAAGGCCACACUAGACGACAAGCUUCAGCAAUUCCGAACGAAGCUCAGGUCGACCAAAGAGAAGUUGAAGGAGACUGAGACUGAGCUCGAGAUGGCUCGUGAGGAGACAACGCAACAGAAGAAGAGCGCCAAAGCAGCACCCGCUGCAAAGAACGCGAAGAAGCGCAAUGCUGCGUCGUUCGAAGCUGAUGCAACGACUCUCGGCACGCCCGGAGAUGGUCCAGCGGCCAAGCGUGGCCGGAAAGCUGCAGCUGGUAUUGGCGACAAGUCUACCUUCUCGAUGACGCCGUUCCUCAAUAAGACGGCAAGCAUUCUUCUGGACAGCCCCGAAGCAGGGGAGGAAGAAGCUGAGGUGGAAGAGAAAGUCGAGGAGGCAACUGCAGCAUCCCCGAGUGUGGAGACAGCAGCUGCGAAGACGAAGAAGCAACCUCUUGCGGCGGUAUCAGCGAGCGAGACCAACGUCCAAAAGAAGCCAGCGCCCCGACAGCGAAAGCAAAAGGUACCAGCGCCGGUUCUUGAGAUGGUCACCGAGGAAGCCGAAGACGUGCAUAGCCAAGGCCAAGAGAAUGCAGCUGCCGCGAAACCAAAGGCCUCCAAAGUCAAGACAAAGACAACAGACGGGACUGACGAGAAGCCCGGCGCUGCGGAAAAGAAGAAGAAACGCAAGUCACUCGUUGAUUUUGCAUCAUUCGAUCCAGAGCCGGAGACGAAAAAGAAGGAGAAGAAGAGCCGCAAGUUGGGUGGUAUGGGCAAGACGCUGUUCGGCGAGGAGGAGGAGAGUGCUGCGCCAACGAAGACUUUGCCUGGCAGGGCGCUACUUGGUGCCAGAGGCUUUGGAGCACUUGGUGCGGGAACGAAGAAAGCUGGCGGGUUCUUGGGCAAGAGUAAGAUCGGGAGCUCGAUGCUGAUGACUGCUGGAGAUGGCAGUGGAUUUCAAUUCUCGCCUUUGAAGAGGCAGAGAGGAAAUCUGGAUGAUACACUGCGUGGGUAG